AUGAAUAUAUCAAAUCAAUCAUCAACUGUCAAUGUUCCAUUAGUUUUAAGUCUACCACCUAUUCCACAACUAAUUAUUCUUGGUAUUAUUUUUACUACAUCUGUAUUACUUAAUGCAUUAUCAAUUAUAUGUAUUUUGGGUGCAAAAGCUAUAACACCAAUUAAUCUAUUAAUUAUCAAUUUGGCUAUUAGUGAUAUUGUUUAUGCAUUCACUAUACCAGUAUUUGCUGUACAUAUCGUUAUACCUUGGUGGCCAUUUGGACGACUUGGAUGUCAGUUAUCGAUAGCAAUCGAUAUCAUAGCCAUGAUUGUAAGUAUCUAA